AUGAAGACAUCGUCGAAUUCUGUUGUCUGCUGGACGCUGCCAAUGUCAAGGGUUGUCACCAUCAGCGCUGCUGACGUGUGCAAGAAGAUACCGGCCAAGUAUGAAGACAUCGUCGAGUUCUGUUGUCUGCUGGACGCUGCCAAUGUCAAGCGUGCUCUCAUCGACUCGAGCAGGGUUGUCACCAUCAGCGCUGCUGACGUGUGCAAGAAGAUACCGGCCAAGUAUGAAGACAUCGUCGAGUUCUGUUGUCUGCUGGACGCUGCCAAUGUCAAGGUUGGCGAUAGUGUUAAGAUCACUUUGAAGUCGAAGACAGCUGAUGGAUACAAUGUUCAGAUAGAUAAUUCGGGAACCCAAAGUGAGGGGAAAGUCUCCCGCUGGGUGCCGCUCGUGGAAGUGGCUCAACCAGCAACCAAACCGGUUACUGGUCCCGUCGAGGUGCAAGUCCCCCGACCCGAAGUGAGGCACAAGUCGACGGUGCUUCUGGUGGAGGCGCCUGCCAUGGACCGAGUGUUGGUCCGCCCUGCCGACACGGAGUCUGUGAGGAGGUUCGACGCGGUGCUGCAGGAUGUCGCCCAGUACGGCUUCCACGCCACCCCAAUAAAUGAGCCGCCACAGAAGGGCCAGAUGGUGAUCGGAAAGUUUAGCGAUGGAUUAUGUUAUAGGGCCCUAUGCAUACGUACCAACGUAAAGGCGAACAAAUUUAUGCUGGAAUAUGUCGAGUUUGGCAACGUAGCGAUCAGUCCCAGGGAGAGCAUCUACGCGUGCCCCCAGCAGUGGGACCUGAGCGCGGCGCCCACCGUGGUGUCGGUCGUGAAGCUGGGCGCCGAGUACGCGCUCACCGGUGACGCUGCCUUGGAGUACAUAGAGAGCGUGCGCGAGGCUGAGUUCCUUUUGACUUUAGCCAACGGUGCUGCAUCAGCUCCCAGUGGAGCAGAAGUCCACCUGGCCUUGUCGAAGAACGGAGAGUCUGUCAAUCAAAAACUGCUGAUGAUGUGCAAACCGGACUGGAAGAAGAUUGAGGAGUCUGGUGGCGACGUGUUGGAUGUCCGUCCGAUAAUGCUGAGCGACUUGGAGUACGUCUCCCUGCCGACCGGCGGGUGCGAGGUCGAGGUGCUGGACGUGAGCAUGCUCGCCUCGGGCGCGUUGAGCGGCUGCGAGCGCGCGCCGGGCCGCUCGGUCUGCGACGCGAUAGAGCCCGUCAGCAAACAGGUAAUGUGUGCUGAUGUGAUGUGAUGUGCCGCACCUGGUGACCUGAGCACCGCUCCCUGCCGGCCGGCGGGUGCGAGGUCGAGGUGCUGGACGUGAGCAUGCUCGCCUCGGGCGCGUUGAGCGGCUGCGAGCGCGCGCCGGGCCGCUCGGUCUGCGACGCGAUAGAGCCCGUCAGCAAACAGGUAAUGUGUGCUGAUGUGAUGUGAUGUGCCGCACCUGGUGACCUGAGCACCGCUCCCUGCCGGCCGGCGGGUGCGAGGUCGAGGUGCUGGACGUGAGCAUGCUCGCCUCGGGCGCGUUGAGCG